AGAAAAAUAAGGGAGAGGGAAAUGAUGGUAACCCAGCUGACAUUGUUGGAGGAUGAGAGAGAAAAUCAAGGGAGGAAGAGAGAGAAAGAAGAACAAAAUAGAGGAAAAAUCAGGAAAAUUUAGCCCUUUUGGAGGCUCAUCUUCUUUCUGAGUCUUCUACAGAAGAUGGAAUGAAGAGAGACUCUAUGAUUAUUAUCAAAUUUUUUGAAUUUUUAUAGAUUAUAAAUAUUUAAUUUAUUCAUUUUUCUCCAUAAAUUUCUGCCUUAAUUUUACCCCCUUUGUAUUUUCUUCAUCAUUUUCCAACAUUUUCAUCAAUUUUAUUACAAACCCAUAAAUUAUUAGUCUUACAAUUGAAGGGAGCUGCAGAAAGUUUCAAUCUUGGUUACACAUUUGCCCCCUGCAUUCAGGGGUGAAAUCGGUAUAAUUGCUGGUGGCAUCCUUCAUCAAGAGGGGUUCUUCUUCUAGCCUAGACUUCAAGAAUGACAGAAACGAAUUUACUUGUUAAAUUCAAGAAGAGGCCAGUGUACCGGGUUUAUAUUGCAGCUAUUUAGCCUGUACAAACUUCAUAAACCUCAACUUAUUGUAGCAUUUGUGUGGGAGUUGCCAGUAGUUGUGAAUUUUGUGUAAACUUUAGGUAGUUUCUCUGACCAACUCCUGGUCAUUGAAGUGAGACCUGGCGAUUUUGUAUAUUAGCGAUUUGUAUAGGUGCUGGCUGUUGGGGAAUGUUCUUUGUAGCCCCACCAAUUCAGCGUUCUGUUGAACAAGCGAUGGGGGGCAGAUGGAGGACCUUUAAGCUUCAAUUCAUCUGUUUCAUGGUUUUGAUCCUUGGUUCAGGGCUUCGAGGCUCGUCAUCACUCAGUCUUGAAGGAUUGAAUUUAUUAAAAUUUCGAACAAGAGUAGAUUCAGAUCCUUACAAAUCUCUUGCAAGUUGGGAUCCUGUAGAGGGUCACAUGUGUAACUGGAAGGGUGUCCAUUGUGUCAAUGGUAAAGUGCAUAUGCUAAACCUGAGUGGACUGUCUCUGGGAGGAUCGCUGGCACCUGAGCUGGGGUACCUUGACAAUUUACGAGCUCUCAUACUCCAUGCAAACCGCUUCUCAGGGGCCAUUCCAGUAGAAAUUGGACGUCUUACGAAGCUCGAGGUGCUGGAUUUGAGUGGCAAUUAUUUGACUGGAGCAAUUCCACAAGAGAUUGCGAGGAUUAGUUCACUGAAACAAUUACUUCUUUGUGACAAUAACUUUGAAGGCACCAUCCCUCCAGAACUUGAGGCGCAUAGUGUACUGUAUGAGCUACGAUUUGAUGAAUACCUUGCAUCUGUUACCAACAGAAAAGUUGGCCACCGGCCAAAACUUACAACGGAAUCAUGGCUUGGACAUGGAGGUGACCAAAUUGGUAACUUGGAAACUUCUUAUGAGUCAAACAUGCUUCAAAAUGAACAUGUCUCAGCUACUGUAACUCGUCGUAAAUUAAGUGAACAGUCCACUAAUAUCGAAGCUUUACCACCCAAAAAUAACGCUGUUUCUCAAGUCAACUCAGAAACUACUUUAAGAAGUAGUGGGUCUUUUCCCGCUGUACCAAAAGUGAUGACCAAGUCUCGACCACCACCUUCAGUGCCUUCUGAUUCUAACUCGCAGCAGGAGAAAGCACCAGCCAAAACUGCCCAAUCCCAUGCCGACUUAGAAAAGCCUUCUCAGAAGGUGUGGGUGUUUGUUGCUAUUGGUCUUGGAGUGCUAUUCUUGCUUGCCAUUGCUGCUGCUUUAUAUUUCAUGUGGAGAAGUCGAGGUGCAAGGCCUAUAAGCCCCUUUAAGACUGGCAUUAGUGGGCAAUUGCAGAAAGCUUUUAUUACAGGAGUCCCUAAGCUGAACAGGCCUGAGCUAGAAACAGCAUGUGAGGAUUUCAGCAAUAUUAUUGCUACUUACGAUGCUUUCACAAUAUACAAGGGAACUUUAUCAAGUGGAGUUGAAAUAGCUGUUGCUUCUACUCUAGUCACUUCUUCAAUAGAUUGGUCAGAUAAUGCAGAAUUGACAUACCGGAAGAAGAUUGAAACAUUGUCACGAGUGAAUCACAAGAACUUUGUAAAUCUUAUUGGUUAUUGUGAAGAGAAUGAACCUUUUACUCGAAUGAUGGUGUUUGAAUACGCCCCCAGUGGGAGCUUCUUUGAGCAUCUCCAUGUUAAAGAAGUUGAGCAUCUUGAUUGGAAUGCUAGAAUAAGGAUUUUAAUGGGAGCAGCUUAUUGUCUCCAAUACAUGCACCAUGAACUAGAUCCUCCAGUGCCACACUCAAACGUAAGGUCGUCUGCAAUCUUUCUAACUGACGAUUAUGCAGCUAAGCUCGUCGAGAGGCCAUUUGAAGUAUUACCCAAAGCUCAAACAGGUGAAGAUAGUUCAAAGCCUGCUGAAACAAUCAAAGCAGCUGACACGCGGCAAAAUGUUUAUGAAUUUGGUAUAUUGCUACUUGAAACCAUCACAGGAAGGCUUCCGUACUCAGAAGAACAAGGGUCUUUGGUAGAUUGGGCUAUGGACUACUUGAAAGAUAAGGAGAAUAACAAGGAAUUGAUUGAUCCAAUACUCAAAUCUGUCAAAACACACGAGCUAGACGUCUUAUGCAAAGUUAUUCUGGAAUGCAUUAGACCGGAGCCUGCUCGUAGACCAACAAUGAAGGAAAUCACAACGAAAUUGAGGGAAGCAAUUCCUAUUACACCUGAUGCUGCAGUACCGCGACUGUCUCCCCUUUGGUGGGCUGAACUCGAAAUCAUGUCUGUGGAAGGAACUUGAUUUCCUGCCCUUUCGUUCCUUUUCUCUCUGUAUGUUUAAAGAUGUGCCUUAUUUGUUGCACUGUGUAACCAUAUGCAAAGGAAAUAGACCACCUUUCCAACUGAAGUACAAGAGGAUCUGCGCAACUCUUACCUAUUUUUCUCUCUAUUUUCUUUUGAUCAUUCA